CGUGACGUAAAUCUUGUGUCGUAUGCGGAAGCGUCUGCGCCUUAUGAACUGUUCGGCUGUUUCUCAUCCUCCUUUUCCGACUUCACCGAUUAUUAUUGUUGUUUUGACACAUAAGGCUGGUGUUUUUGGCUCCAGUAAAUCGUUAAGAUGUUUUUGUUUGACGUUCAGCGAGUACAGAGGACGUGACGGUGACAGAAAAGACAGAAUGAGCUCCAGCCGGAGGAGGCCUUGUUGUUUACUACAGCGGUGAAUUAGUGCGGCUUUAUAGAGGGUUUCUAGUAGAGAGUGAUGUUGAGGAUACUGGGAACAUAAAUACACCAUUUACUGACCAACAUGGAGGAGAAAUACAGCAGCAACGUGCUGUCAGGAAAACUGGGGAUGGUGGAAGUUCCUGAUUCAAGGUUAACCAGAUACAUCGUUCUCCUCAUCCUCUCGAAGAUCCUGAAAGCUUUAGGGAUCUUCGAAUCGUACGAUAUCCUCAAAGUCGUUCAUAUAGUUCAGUUCAUCUUCAUAUUAAAGCUAGGGAGCGCUGUUAUCCUGCUUGUCUUUCAAAAGCCUUUUUCAUCUGGAAAAUUGAUUUCAAAGCGGCAGUGGAUAAAGUUGGUUAAACAUGCCGUUCUCAGCUGUGUUAUAUCCCUACUGGGCUUCUUUGGUCUGACUCUCUGUGGACCUUUGAGGACUCUGCUGGUUUUCGAGCACAGUGACGUGGUGGUCAUCGCUCUGCUCGGGGUUCUCUUCACUAACUCAGGAGGGGGGCCGUCCAAGACCAGAGGUGCAGCUGUUUUCAUCAUUGCUGUGAUCUGCCUGCUGCUCUUCGAUAAUGACCAACUGAUGGCGAAGAUGGGGGAUCAUCACCCUGAGGGACAUCACGACAGUGCGCUCACACACUUCCUCUACACCACCAUCGCUCUUUUAGGAGUUGCAGAUCAUAAAGGAGGAGUUGUGCUGCUGGUGAUCUCGCUUUGCCUGAAGGUGGCCUUCCACACCGCCGCACGGAAGUUAUCUGUGGAGAUCGGUGGAGCCAAACGACUCUACGCCCUGGACAAUCUGGUUUCUGCUGCGGUGCUGCUGCCCUGGGUGGUCGUCCUGUCGGCAACGACUGAGAGCAAAGUUUACUCCUGGUCCUCCCUCAUCUUCCCGUUUGGGAUGAUCAUUUUCUCCGUCAUGAUCCUGGAGUUCUACGUGGAAUCCAUCUGCAGCGCCAAGAUGGAGGCGCCCAGGUGCGCCCGCUACGGCUCCUUCGCCCUGUUUCUGAGCGCGGUGCUGCUGGCUAAUUUCUGGACACACCCACUGACGGAUCAGCUGCGCUCCAUGAGCAAACCAGCGCAGCAGGUCAGCACAGAACACGUGCUCUCCGGCGGUGUGAUAGUCAGCGCCAUCUUUUUCAUCAUGGCAUCCAGUAUACUCUCGUCUCCAUCGAAGAAGGGGCAGAAGGGGACCUUGGUGGGUUAUUCUCCCGAAGGGACCCCACUGUACAACUUUAUGGGGGAUGCCCUGCAGCACACAUCGCAGUCUCUCCCUCGAUUCAUCAAAGAUUCACUGAAACAGAUUCUGGAGGAGUACGACUCCAGGCAGAUCUUCUACUUCCUGUGUCUCAACCUGGCCUUCACGUUUGUGGAGCUGUUCUACGGCGUUUGGACCAACAGCCUGGGACUUAUCUCUGACGGCUUCCACAUGCUGUUCGACUGCUCCGCUCUGGUGCUCGGCCUGUUCGCUGCCCUCAUGACCCGCUGGAAGGCCACCAGGAUCUUCUCCUAUGGGUACGGCCGAGUGGAGAUCCUGUCCGGAUUCAUCAACGGCCUGUUCCUCAUGGUCAUCGCCUUCUUUGUGUUUGUGGAGUCGGUCACCCGCGUGUUGGACCCUCCUAACAUAAACACGGACAUGUUGACUCCGGUGUCUGUCGGAGGUUUGCUGGUCAACCUGGUGGGAAUCUGUGCUUUCAGUCACGCUCAUUCCCACGGAGGCAAAAGCUGCCCUUCCAGCGAUCAUGGGCACUCUCAUCACGGCCACUCCCACGGUGAGCACAGCCACGGGGGCCACGGGCAUUCCCACGGAGGUCACGGCCACUCCCACGGCUCGGGAAACGGAGGCAUGAACGCCAACAUGAGAGGUGUUUUCCUCCAUGUUCUGGCGGACACUCUGGGCAGCGUCGGAGUGAUCAUCUCCACGAUCCUCAUUCGUCAGUUCGGCUGGCUGAUCGCCGAUCCGAUCUGCUCGCUCUUCAUCGCCACGCUGAUUUUCCUCAGCGUCAUCCCUCUGCUGAAGGACGCCUGCGAGGUUCUCCUCCUGAGAACUCCUCCGGAACAAGAGAAGGACCUGAACUGUGCGCUGGAAAAGAUUGAGAAGAUUGAAGGAGUUUUAUCGUACAGAGAUCCUCAUUUCUGGAGGCAUUCUGCCACCAUUAUCGCCGGGACCAUCCACCUGCAGGUCAUGUCGGAUGUGGUGGAGCAGCGGAUCAUCCAGCAGGUGACGGCCAUCUUGAAAGAUGCGGGGGUGAACAAUCUGUCGAUCCAGGUGGAAAAGGAGGCGUACUUCCAGCACAUGUCUGGACUCAGCACCGGGUUUCAGGACGUUCUGGCCAUGACGCAGCAGAUGGCGUCCAUGAAAUACCCCAACGAUGGGACUCUUAUCAUGUAACGCUCUCAGAAGGACCAAACGAAGCUCUGAAUGUUCCACUGCUUCUCCUUUUUUCACAGAUGUACAGUUUAUGUAUGAUGUUAAAAUAAAUCUGAAUAUUAUGGUUUUAUUUUAA